UUAAUUAUAUAUAAAAAAAAAUCUGAAUUUCUCUCUAAUGGGUCAGAAACUCUUUCUUCUUCUUCUUCUGAUUGUUGUUUCUUCUUCUUCUUCUCUGUUUCAAUUUGGAAUUUCCAGUAGUAUUUCUCACAAAUCUGGAGAUGGAAAUGAAGAAUGGGGUUAUGUUCAAGUUAGACCCAAAGCACAUAUGUUCUGGUGGCUUUACCGAAGCCCUUUCAGAGUGAAGGAUGCUUCUAAGCCAUGGCCGACCAUUCUUUGGUUGCAGGGCGGCCCGGGUGGGUCAGGAACUGGGUUUGGGAACUUCCUAGAAAUAGGGCCACUCGACUCCAACUUAAAGCCAAGAAACUCAACAUGGUUACGAAAAGCAGACCUCUUAUUUGUGGAUAAUCCUGUUGGGACCGGAUAUAGCUUUGUCGAUAAUUUAGGACAAUUUGCAAAAGGCGAUUGGGAUGCGGCCAACGACAUGACGACUUUGCUAACUAAGGUUUCUAACAAUACCAUCGGCCUACACAACACUCCCUUUUACAUCUUCGCGGAGUCUUACGGUGGAAAAUUUGCUGUCACUCUUGCUUUGUCCCUCCUCCGCUCCAUCCAAGCUGGCCAUUUGAAGCUUAACCUUCGAGGGGUGGCCUUAGGAGACAGUUGGAUAUCACCGGAAGAUUUCACCUCUUCCUGGGGCCCUCUUCUCCACGACCUCUCACGGAUCGGCAGCGUGGCACAUCAGAUAUCUAAUGAGAUAGCAUUAGAGAUCAGUGAUCAAAUUAAGAAAGGAAUGUACGACAAUGCAACAGUUUCAUGGAAUAAUCUCGAGGAUUUCAUUGUAACAAGAAGCAACGGAGUGGAUUUUUAUAACUUCAUGUUGGAUGAUGAUAUGGAUCCAGUAGUCUCAACAACAAUAAACAUAGAAUCAAAUAGCAUUGAUUCCAUGAAAUUAAAAGGACGAAAACCUUCAUUCUUUAGUUACAAAAAUUACAAGCCAGGUGGUGAGGGAAACUUAGAUGCUUUGAUGAAUGGCCCAAUUAAGCAAAAACUCAAAAUUAUACCACCAGAUGUCACAUGGGGAGGUCAAUCAGACAAAGUCUUUGAAUUUUUUACGGCAGACUUCAUGAAACCAAGGAUUAAUGAGGUUGAUGAGUUGCUUGCCAAAGGUGUCAAUGUCACUAUUUAUAACGGUCAAGUUGAUCUUAUUUGUUGUACCAAGGGAGUAGAGGCAUGGAUCAAUAAACUCAAGUGGAAUGAGCUAAAGUCAUUCUUAAACACAGAAAGAAUUCCUCUAUUUUGUGGGAAAGAGAAAGGAACCAAAGGCUUCAUUAGGUCACACAAAAAUUUGAAUUUCUAUUGGAUCCUUGGAGCAGGCCAUUUUGUUCCGGUUGAUCAACCGUGUGUGACAUUAAACAUGGUGAGCGCAAUCACAGAGUCACCAGCUUCUUGAUCUAGCUAUUUUUUAACGACGAGAAAUAAAAUGAAAAACAAAAACACAUAUUUUCUAUUUAGAAUAUAAUAAAAGACGUAUAGAAAAUAAUGAAAUGUAUUUAAUAAAUGAACCUUUUUUUCAAGUGUAUUAGUACUUUUAAAUAACAAAAAUCUUUUGUGUAUUAUUAUUUGUGUAUUAAAGUUGUUGUAUGAUGUAAAUAACCAAAAAGAAAAGUCUAUACCUAAUUUGUACACUUUUUAUA